GGACAGGUUUGGUAUCUAUAGACUCCUGUUCUUCUUGGCCUGCUUGUUUGGGCUGCUGAGAAUGGCAUACAGGGCAGCUGGUGGGCAGAGCUUCUCUCAGCUGCAAAUAGGGAGCACCUAAUUAAAACAGGGUUUUAUGGUUCUUUUUAUGAUUUUAAUUUUCACAAGACAUAUGCCAUCUGUUUGGUCUAGUGGAGGAGUAACAUGUAAUGGCCAGGUUGUUCCACCAAACACCUACAGAAAAGGCAAGGUAUUAAAGUAAUUUCACUGAUUUUUUUUAAAAGUUCAGUAGGCUAUGUGUUUUAACUCACAUUGAUACACCCCAGAGCAUUCUGUAAGCUGCAGCCUGCACACGUCAGACAUGUGACUGGGCUUUGCAGAAGGCUUAAGUUUUUCUGGUGAGACAGAAGAGAACAACAUAAUGUUCCAACCGCAGUUAAAACAGAAGCCAUUUGGGCAAAUCUUUGAUGCCGUAUUCACCUCGGUGCCUAAGGGCCUGGCCUUGUGGUUCUGCUACUGAUUUGAUCCAGUCCUGUUUGCCAUCAGUGGCUUGUCACUGGAUGAAAGCUGAUUUACAGGGCCUCUCUUACUCCAAAGGCUCAUGGAACGAAGGAGCCUCAGCCUUCCAGAACUCAAAAUACUGCUGAUGUACUGCUAACUCUUUAAUCUCGUAUAUAACUCUUUUAACAAGCUGGGUGUUGAUUUUCUCUUGUUUUGUUUUAGAUAUAGCAUGGACAUACCCAGUCAAACACACAUACAUCUGAAGAGAAAGUAGUUAAACAAGGGCUUCUCUCCUGGACAAUAGCAAUUGCCUCCUUGUGUUGUGCGUAAUAGCUGCUGCUCUGGAGGUACCCAUUUCCAGUCCAGAGGAAGCAUUUAAAGGUCCUAAGGGCAUUGGCAUUUGAUUAUGAUGGCGUCAGUGAAUGACUCCCGCGUGCAGCAGCCAUCGCAGAAGGAUGCGGCCGACCAGAACUUCGACUACAUGUUCAAGCUGCUGAUCAUCGGCAACAGCAGCGUGGGCAAGACCAGCUUCCUGUUCCGCUACGCCGACGACUCCUUCACCUCGGCCUUCGUCAGCACAGUGGGCAUCGACUUCAAGGUCAAGACCGUGUUCCGCAACAACAAGAGGAUCAAGCUGCAGAUCUGGGACACAGCAGGACAAGAGCGGUAUCGCACCAUCACCACGGCCUACUACAGAGGAGCCAUGGGCUUCCUGCUCAUGUAUGACAUCACCAACCAGGAGUCCUUCAGCGCCGUGCAGGACUGGGCUACCCAGAUUAAGACGUACUCGUGGGACAACGCCCAAGUGAUCCUGGUGGGGAAUAAAUGUGACCUGGAGGAUGACCGCCUAAUCCCCACAGAAGACAGCCAGCGACUGGCUGAUGAGCUAGGAUUCCAGUUCUUCGAGGCCAGUGCCAAGGACAACAUCAACGUGAAGCAGGUGUUUGAGCGCCUGGUGGAUGUGAUCUGCGAAAAGAUGAACGAGAGCAUCGAGGGCGAGAGGGCGCAACCCAACAACCACCACGACACCAGCCUGCAUGAGACCCCCUCCGAGAGCCAGGGCACCUGUGCCUGCUGAUCUGUGUGUCAGACCCACUCCACAUCCAUACACAGACCCCACUCUUUACCCCAAUCCCCAUCGUUUCUGAGUGACAGGCUGCUUAUUUGUGUACAGUACAAACACAAUCUGUUGAUAUACUCAAAAUCACUAUAAUCAUGGUGGGAGAUCUCCUUAAAAAGAUACUCAUUCCCUCAUAAAUGCAAACAUAACUUUACCCACACCCAACAUAAGUACUCUUGGUUGGGUAAAAAUGAAGGAAAAGCACACACUCACAUAAUCACCCCUGUGUCUUUUGUUACUGGCCUUUUACCUCUCCGUCAAAAAACACUGAAACAGAAGCAUAGUGAUAGCUUACACACACUUACAAAGUUCACCACCACAAUGCUUUACCCCGUGCCCAAGCCGUCUUCAGCACCCCCUGCAGGGAUUGGCCGGUACUCCAGUACUCCUACAGCGUGCCAUUUGUCCACCAAAAUUUAGAUGAUAUAUCUGCCUGAUAUUCAAGCCCAUAUACAAACAGUUGGGACACUACUACUUCUGUGACCCAUGCGUUGCUCACAUUGUCAGUUUUAAUGAAUGUUCGCAUUAAAGGUGUAUUUACACAUUACACUUGCCACAGCAAUCUACUAGACACAUCGAUAUCAUAGGAGAAAGGGAGAGGUAGAGAGUGAAAUAUAGUCUCUGUCUUAAUGAAAUGCUUGUUCAUUGACAGAAGGGUGCCAUUGGGCUGGGAAAUCAGUGGCAAAGCAAAUUGAGUUUACUCAAAACUCAAAAAUGAGUUUAAACAAAGUUCUUGUUUCCAAGUGCCAAUGUCAAGUAUUUCAGUACAAUGGAGAGAAACAUCCAGCGCCAUAGAACAUGUUAUGCCCCUCGAAUAGGCACUCUAGUCCCAAGUCAGUCACUUCAGUUUUGGAGGAGUCAUUGUGGUAUGCUUUUAUCUCAGCCAUGUGCUGCAUUGUGUCUGCGUGUCCCUAUCUGCUCUGCACCGCCUCAGUUUCUCUCGCUCCGUAGCGUUCGUUUUGGCCUCUCCCAACUCUGUCCCUUACCUUGUGUCAUAUCUGAAAUACGCACCCCACAUGGUUACAAAAGGAAGAUAGAAAAUAACCUCACCGUUGUUUGCAUUCUUUAACAAGAUUGCAAUUGGCACAGAAAUAUCUAUAGGCACUCUAGUCCCAAGUCAGUCACUUCAGUUUUGGAGGAGUCAUUGUGGUAUGCUUUUAUCUCAGCCAUGUGCUGCAUUGUGUCUGCGUGUCCCUAUCUGCUCUGCACCGCCUCAGUUUCUCUCGCUCCGUAGCGUUCGUUUUGGCCUCUCCCAACUCUGUCCCUUACCUUGUGUCAUAUCUGAAAUACGCACCCCACAUGGUUACAAAAGGAAGAUAGAAAAUAACCUCACCGUUGUUUGCAUUCUUUAACAAGAUUGCAAUUGGCACAGAAAUAUCUAUUGCUGUGCAGGAUAUCUGUGAGAUGGCUAACUGUACAUCGAUGGACUGCAAUUCAAUCAUAAUGAAGAUGCACAAUUCUUUUUAGUGGUUUCAUCUCAGUGGAUGUGGAAUGUCACCUUGUUGUUGUGUGUAUAAUCUUAGUAGUGGAAUAUGUAUGACUGCAUACUACCUUAAGCCCAAUUUACACCAAAGAUUCGCGACGAAACGAAACCGUUGCAGAGGUGAGAAUUAAACGUUGCACGUCGUUGCCAGCUGUUGAAAGCCGUCGCAAAGCAUUCACCGUGUCUAGUCGCAGUUGCAAGGUUAUAGAACAUUGCAGCAAGUUGCUGGUUUAUAGAAUGUUGCAGCUCAUCUCGUCACGAAUCUUUGGUGUUAAUUAGGCUUAAGAUGACUUCUUUAUAUUCAUCUCUUUUUUUUAAACCAUAUCUUGAUUUUGUUAGAUGGAGUUCUAAAAGCUGAAGACACAUGCAAGUGUGUCUGAAUUUCAUGUGUAAAUUGUAUGUGUCCUUAAGCUUCUCUCUUAACACCAGGGUUCACACAGUCCGUAGACCCAGUGAUAGUGAUGACUGUACCUCACACUCUUCAGAAGGGAGGUGUACUCACCAAUCAGUUACCCUGUUUAAGUAGCCCUGUAUUGGCUAUGACCCUCUUGAAUUUCGAGGCAAUCAGAAAAUACAUAACACAAGAAUUAUGACAUAACACAAAAAAAUAAUAGAACACAGACAACUUUCUUUUGCUGUUCCACGGACACUAAUCAGUACACACUGAAUUAACACUACAUAUUUACUUGGUAACUUUUUCUUGUUCCAGGAAGAGCAGCAAAUGUGUUUCCUUGUCCUAUGUGUGUGGUGCCAAAGAUCCAUUGCUUUAUGACGGUUUUUAACUCACAGAUUGUGCGAGGCAUGUGGAACAUGUUUCUGUGUGUUGUUGGUGGGACACUAUUGCACUCUUGUGUGUUUAGCUCAAAUGCUUGUUCGUUUUAGUAAUACACUGAAGUUUAAAGAUACACACUGGAUCUCUUUCACAUAGCAUUAAUGCCUUCUAGGGGGUGGAAGCUAAAGGCACAUGCCUACAUAUUUACGUGUUAUAUUUACCCCACACAGCAACUGUUUAGACAAAUGUAAAUGUAACAAUGUUGAUUCAAAUUAGUCUACUUGUUGCGGUCAGAUUCUGACACAAAUUUGAGAUUUGUUAAACGUUUUUACUUUUGUUGUAAUGCAUUUGCGUAUGUCACAUUCAGUCUCAUACAGUGGUUUGCAAAAGUGGCAGAAAAGUACUGUUUAUUUCCUUGUAUUUUGUGAGAUGGGAUGAGAUUUGGGAAUGUCUUUUUAAAAAAGUGUAGAAAAAUCUUUGCCAAUUGAAAUGUAUUGACACAUUUGUUUACAUAAAUAAAAAUAAUAAGUAUUGUAAAAGGGAAU